AUGACGACGAUCAGAUCCAAGGUGUCACUAGUAUUGGAUCUGCCGCCAGCCUGCGCGCAAUUCUGCCCCCCACACCCCCAUCUCCUCGUAAUCGGCACGUACAACCUCGAGAAGCAGCAAGACGGGUCAGCCGUAGAAGGCGCGGAAGACACAGCUGCAGAACGGAAUGGAUCUCUCAUCGUCUUUAGCACCGACGGGUCCAGUCUAACCCGUGUGCAGACAGAGGCACAGCCGUCCGCCAUUCUCGACCUACGCUUCCACCCUGCACAAGGCAGACGAGAUGUCGUAGCCGUCAUAUCGAGCACGGGCACGCUCGCCAUCUUCAGGGUAGAGGACAGCGACAGGCCACUACAGCACCUGGCGACGAGCAGAUGCGAUGAUCUGGCCGAGGACGUCCUCUUCCUGCAGUGCCAGUGGCAUCCCGGAGAUGCGUACACUCUGGGAGUGACGACGUCGUCGGGCCUGGUGAGGAUGCUCCAUCUGGACAGCGAUUGGAAGAUUGCUAGCCAUGCCGACCUGGAUAUCGACAACUCGCUCGAGGCGUGGAGCAUUGCCUUUGCACCGGACCCGUCAACCUCCACGACGGUCUACAGUGGCGGCGACGACUCCGUCCUCAGUCCCGUCAGCGUCAAGGGUCAGCACGGCGCCGGCGUCACGGCCAUCGAGCCUCUUAACCUACACGACCUGGACGGUUCGCGGCUCGUCAUCACGGGGAGCUACGACGAUCGGAUCAGGCUGUUUUCCAUCUGCGAUCCGCCUCAGUCAUACGGUAUGAAGAAGGUUAAGCUUCUGAUGGAAGAGAACCUCGACGGCGGGGUCUGGAGACUGGAUGUCGUGGAUGUCGUCGAGUCCGGUGACGGCGGAGGGGUGACGGUUCGCAUCCUGGUGUCGUGCAUGUAUGCUGGUGCGAGGCUGGUUAGGAUCUUCAGGGACGCAAAUGGGGGGGAAUGGAAGUGUGGGGUGCUCGGUAGGUUCGAGGAGCAUGAGAGUAUGAAUUAUGCGAGUGCUGUUGUGCCGGGGAGUAUUGGUGGUGGUGGUGGGGAGUUGACGUGCAUAUCGACGAGCUUCUAUGAUAAGAAGCUCUGUCUAUGGGAUUACAGGUAG